AUGUUUUAUAUCGUCGAAGAAAACCUUGCUAGAGGUAAACCCACAAACCAGUCGACACUGUAUAGGCCUGAAUGGAAUUCAGAAAAAGCUGUGGAUGGAGACAGGACGCAGUAUGCCUACAGAGAUUCGUGUGCCAUAUCCCUGAACAGUGAAAAUGUUAACAAAAGUACAUGGUGGUAUGUCGAUCUGGAGAAGGACCAUUUUGUUCACGACGUUUCACUUUUCUUUUUGAUUGGCAACCGUGUGGGAGAACCGGCUGAAGACUGGGAUACAUCGCACAGAGGACUGCAUGCUGGAUUCUUUCUCUACAUCUCAAACGACACACAGCGAGAGAACGGCUAUCUGUGUUACCAUGAGAUGCAGAAUGGGACUAACUUGCCGCCCUCCAAUAUGACGAUUAACUGUGACAUCCAAGGGCGAUAUGUCAUAUUCUACAAUGAGAGGAGACCGGAAAUUACGUAUCCCGAUUACUAUUUCAAUUACAUGCGUGUUGAACUGUGUGAAGUAGAAGUAUUAGGCUGCUCAGUACGGAACCAUUUCAUACAGGGAGAAGAAUGCAGGAAUUGUUCAACCUCUUGCAGAGACGAGCUGUGCAACCCCAAUACAGGUGCUUGCUUUAAAUGUCACCCGGGAUUCACUGGCAACUUCUGUAACCAAAGUUGUAGUUUCAAGACAUAUGGGGAGGACUGCAAAAUGCCAUGUGGUUUCUGUAAAGAAGGUAUAUCAUGCAAUCAUGUAAACGGAAGAUGCGCAAAUGAAUGCGCAGAUGGAUGGUCUGGAGAAAAAUGUGACAUUGGGUGUAGUUUCACGAAACAUGGCGAAGAUUGCAAAAUACUGUGUGGGUUUUGUAAAGAUGGGAGAAAAUGCAAUCACAUAGAUGGAAGUUGUACAGAUGGAUGCGCGGACGGGUGGACUGGAAAAAACUGUACCAGUAGAUGUAAUGCCAGUACAUAUGGAGAAGACUGUAGAAUGUCAUGUGGGUUCUGUAAAGAUGGGAGAUCAUGCAAUCACAUCAACGGAACAUGCUCAAAUGGGUGCGCAGACGGAUGGUUUGGAAAAAGAUGCGACAUUAGAUGUAAUGCCACUACAUAUGGAGAAGAGUGUAAAAUGUCAUGUGGGUUCUGUAAAGAUGGGAGAACAUGCAAUCACAUCAACGGAACAUGCUCAAAUGGGUGCGCAGACGGAUGGUUUGGAGAAAGAUGCAACAUUAUGUGUACUUUUACAAACCAUGGCGAAGAUUGCAAGAUACUGUGUGGGUUUUGUAAAGAUGGGAUAAUAUGCAAUCACAUAAACGGAAGUUGCACAGAUGGAUGCGCAGAUGGGUGGACUGGAGAAAAUUGUACCAACAGAUGUAAUACCACUACAUAUGGAGAAGAGUGUAAAAUGUCAUGUGGGUUCUGUAAAGAUGGGAGAUCAUGCAAUCACAUCAACGGAACAUGCUCAAAUGGAUGCGCAGACGGAUGGUUUGGAGAAAGAUGCGACAAUAUGUGUACUUUUACAAACCAUGGCGAUGAUUGCAAGAUACUGUGUGGGUUUUGUAAAGAUGGGAGAAUAUGCAAUCACAUAAACGGAAGUUGCAUAGAUGGAUGCGCGGACGGGUGGACUGGAGAAAACUGUACCAGUAGAUGCAAUGCCAGCACAUAUGGCGAAGACUGUGAGAUGUCAUGUGGGUUUUGCAAAGAUGGUAGAACAUGCAAUCACAUAAACGGAAGUUGCUUAGAUGGGUGUGCAGAAGGAUAUUACGGAGAAAAAUGCAACAGUAGCUGUGAUAACGGUACAUACGGCUACGAUUGUAGUAUGGCUUGUGGUUCAUGCAAAGACGAAAUGACUUGCCAUUACAUCAACGGAUCUUGUCUAACUGGGUGUAAAGAAGGAUGGACAGGAGAAAAAUGUUUAGUACAGAUGGAAUCAACAAAUGGGGACUUAAAGAAAGGUGUGGUCGUAUUGGUUGCAAUACUAUUCAUUGUUUGGCUUGGAAUUUACUACUGCAUAAGACGGGGAGGAUUCACUGCUAAUAUAGAAGGGGUGGUAAGCAGGACGACGACAGAAAGCGGAACAUGGAUAGAACACAGAACAGAGACAGGAAGCGGAUCAUGGAUAGAACACAGAACACGGGCAGGAAGCCGAACAUGGGUAGAACUCGGAACAAAGACAGUAAGCGGAACAUGGAUAGAACACGGAACUCAGACAGGAAGCGGAUCUGGGACAGUUCUCGAAACUGAGACAGAAAAUGUGACCGGAAACGGGGGAGGAACAGGAGAAAGUGCAGAGCAAGACACUGAACGGGGACUAAAACCGGACACGUGACAGGAGACGAGGGGGAACAGCACCCAACUGACUGACAGUAAACAUGGUGUUGGCGUGGUACAUUGUAUACGUACUCGACGGUCAACAUCGUUAUCCAGAUAUACAUGUGUAGUGUACGGGCAUACGAAUUCUUUGGAAGUCCUGUCUUGUAAGUUUUAUACAUAUUGUGACACACAGGAUUUGGUAUACAAAAGGAUUAGACCCAUAAAGAUGAAGCAAAGUGUUGCGUUCACAUAAACUGUAAUAUAUGGUGCCGAAGAGAAAUCGUAUUUACGUGUAAAGAAUAUUGUCAUAGUAACAAACUCCGGUUAGAAAACAUACUAAAACUAUAAUUCAUUUACCUUUGUUAAAAAAUAUAUCAACCUUUAUCCCCGAGAAUUCCAUCCAGAAUAUCCAGAAGGCUUAGUACAUAUCAAACAGAAUAUCCAGAAGGCUUAGUACAGAUCAAACAGAAUAUCCAGAAGGCUUAGUACAGAUCAAACAGAAUUGUCGCUCCUUGCAGUGAGAUGAUAUUCAUUCUAUAUUCUACAUGUAUCCAAAACGUCAGAAUAUAUGGAUGUUUCGAGAGGGAUUUUCAACGGCAUUUAUUAUAUUAUAUACUUCUAGGAAAGUGUUCACGGCGUAAUCUAUUAUAUUAUGUUUUUUAUAUAUAAAAAAUAAUGUGUCAUUUCCACUUUUCCAGUUCAGUGGUAUUUAUCUAGAAUAUCAUGU